AUGACAAGCAGAUUUUCUGCUUGUGUGCUGCUUUUACUGCACUUCUGUCGUUCCUCUGACUCCUAUGAACCAUCGACAUUGCCUGAUGUUGGAGAUCCAAAGUUUAUUGAGGAAUGUGUGCAAGCCCAUAACAGAUUCCGGUCCGGAGUGAAGCCACCAGCCAGCAACAUGCUUUACAUGAGCUGGGAUCCAGAUUUGGCAAAGACUGCAAAAGCUUGGGCAAAGAAAUGCCUGUUUAAACAUAAUACAUACCUCAAAGAUCCGGGGCAGGCUCACCCCAAAUUUACCCCCGUUGGAGAGAACCUCUGGACUGGGUCACUUUCUAUUUUUACUGUGCAAGGAGCCAUCACCUCUUGGUACGACGAGGUCAGUGCCUACAAUUAUGCCAACAAUAACUGCAGAGGAGUCUGUGGCCACUACACGCAGAUUGUUUGGGCUACAAGCUACAAGGUUGGCUGUGCUGUCCACUUCUGUCCCCGGGUGGCAUACUCCGCCGUAACCAACGCAGCACACUUCAUCUGCAACUAUGGGCCGGCUGGGAAUUACCCAGGACGCCCAUACAAGACUGGAGCAGCAUGCAGCGACUGCAAUGGCGAGCAGUGUGCCAGCCAACUGUGUCAAAAUGCAGAGCGUGACAAAGUCAUUAGCGAUUCCACAUGGCGUCCAGAGUGGGACAAACCUGCGUGUGACGAGUACUGCAUCACCGUGAUUGCUUUAAGGCCGUUACUCCUUAUACUGACAACUCUGGCCACCUGGCUCCUACCAAAAUACUCGUCUAUAGCACCCGCCAGCGAGUGA